AUGGUAUUCCUAAGGCUUUUAAGAGGCUAUGCGACCAAGGCUGACAUCAAUAAGAUCAGAAAUAUUGGUGUUAUCGCUCAUAUCGAUGCUGGGAAGACUACCACGACGGAGCGAAUGCUAUACUAUAGCGGUAAAAUUAACAGGAUAGGUAACGUGGACCAAGGGGAUACAAUAACUGACUACUUGCCGCAAGAGCGAUCUAGAGGUAUUACCAUUCAGAGUGCAGCUAUUUCUUUUAAGUGGCAAAAGGAAUAUGACAUAAAUCUCAUCGAUACGCCGGGGCACGCAGAUUUCACUUUCGAAGUCAUCAGAUCGCUGAAGGUCCUAGAUGGGUGUGUGACUAUUCUAGAUGCUGUUGCAGGUGUAGAAUCGCAGACUGAAAAGGUCUGGAAACAAGCCGUUGGGAUUCCCAAAGUGUGCUUUAUAAAUAAAAUGGACAGGAUAGGCGCAGGAUAUAGCAGAACUGUUAAAGAGCUAAUUGUUAAAAUGAAUGUUCGACCACUCUUAAUUAAUACGCCAAUGUUUCAUGUUGACAGUGUAACAAGAGAACCGGUUUUUUAUGGUGUUUUGGAUGUAGUUAAUAUGAGCAAGUUAAUAUGGGAUAUCGAAGAUCCGGACAAGAUCGAAGUGAAACCAGUAGAGGAAAAUGACGAGCAUUAUGAAGAGGUCCAUAAAUGCAGGGAAUCUUUGGUUGAAACUUUGAGCGAGAUCGACGAGGAGCUGUUGAAUUACUUUUUAGAGACUGCUGAAGGUGAUUACAUGAAGAUUCCUGCUAACGUUUUGGAUAACAGUGUUAGAAAGGCCACACUAUCACACUAUGCGACGCCAAUUUUGUGUGGAGCAUCAUUUAGAAACAUUGGGGUUCAGCCACUGCUGGAUGCUAUUGUUAAGUACUUGCCGUCUCCACUGGAAGCUACCAAGCCUAAAUUUAAUAAUGAAAACUUACCAGCGGUUUUCGAUCCUAAGGUGGGAUUAUUUGUUAAUAAGAACCCUAAUUUGUGUGUUGCUUUGGCUUUCAAAGUCAUAACUGACAGUAUUAGGGGUAUAAUGAUAUUUGUUAGGGUAUAUUCUGGUGUUUUGGUUUCUGGUCACACGGCGUUCAAUACAAGUACUGGUGUUAAGUUUAAGUUAGGCAGCCUUGUCAAGAUGCAUGCCAAUGUAACCGAAGCUGUUAAAGCGCUAUAUCCUGGUGAACUUGGUGUUUUGGUUGGUAGUACGGUAUCUGAACAUGUUCGUACCGGUGACACUAUUGUAUCACAUUCUCGGGUAAAGGAUGGAGUACGCUCAUUGAAUAAAAAGAAUGAGCUAACUUUAUGCAUACAUCCUAUUGAGAUCCCUCCUCCAGUAUUUAGUGCUGCUAUUGAACCACAUACGCGUGGUAACAAGAAAGCUAUGGAUGACGCGCUUUCGCAGCUGUCUAGAGAAGAUCCAUCAUUGCUCAUCACCCGGGAUGAAGAAUCAGGACAGACUCUACUAAAUGGUAUGGGAGAACUUCACUUGGAGAUUGCAACAGAUAGACUUCUGAACGAAUUCCAUGCUCCAGUGAACGUAGGGAAAGUGUUUGUUUCAUAUAAAGAAACAUUGAACACUGUUAGCUCUGUCAAAACUAUUAGCAACGACGCAGGUUAUAAAGUAUCCAUUCAACUGGGAGUGCUUGACAAGACAGAGUUAGAAAAUCCUAACAGAGGUGAAAAAUGGUAUCCUCUUGGAUCUGAUAAUAAUUACAUGGUGCUGGAACGUCAUCGAAAAUACAACCAGUACAAUUGGCCCUACCAGGUAACAUACCAAUCUAUUGUAAAUGCAUUUAUUCCAAGUUGCAUUGUAGCAUUACAAAGAGGUGGAAAAAUAGCCAAUUAUCCUUUGCAUUCUACUGUGGUGCGUAUUAAGGAUUGGGAUAUGCCUACUGAUGCUACAUCAGUCGGCUCAUUGUUACAGUUGUCUAGAUCAUUGAUGCUGUCGACUUUAGAGGAGAUACCCGAUGAAAACUACUUGAUGCUUGAACCUAUUAUGCAAAUAGAGGUUACGGUGCAUGAAAAAGAUGUUGGAAUUGUUGUUCAAGACCUUACAGCAGCACGUAAUGCGAAUAUUCUUUCAAUUGAGGACGAGUAUGUUUGGUCGACAGAUAUAACUUCAAAAGACUCUUUAGACUACCAAUUCCGAUCCUUUGCAGAAAAGCAGUACCUGCCAGCUGACCAUACCUUACAGUUGGCGAAGGUCAAUACUGGCACGCAUACGAAGAAAAUCAUUAUAGCUGAGGUUCCUCUUAGGGACAUGAUGUCAUAUAUGAACAAGCUGCGUAUGUUAACGAAAGGUAGUGGAACACUUCACAUGCAAUAUCUAGGAAUGAAUCCUCUCACGAGGGCACGGCAGAGUGAAGUCCUUAAGGACGCAUUUUAA